AUGGCUUCCACAGGGAGCCAGACCUCGGAUAUAGACAAGAUUUUGGGGUUCUUCAGUGAUGGCGCACCCCCCACCAAGAAGCCCAGGAAGCUGCUCCCAAGCCUGAAAACUAAGAAGCCUCGGGAGCUCGUGCUGGUGAUUGGAACAGGCAUCAGUGCUGCGGUCGCACCCCAGGUCCCAGCCCUGAAGUCCUGGAAGGGGUUGAUUCAGGCCUUACUGGAUGCAGCCAUAGAUUUUGAUCUUCUAGAAGAUGAGGAGAGCAAAAAAUUUCAGAAGUGUCUCCAUGAAGACAAGAACCUUGUCCAUGUUGCCCAUGACCUCAUCCAGAAACUAUCUCCCCGCACUAGUAAUGUCCGAUCCACAUUUUUCAAGGACUGUUUAUAUGAAGUAUUUGAUGACUUGGAGUCAAAGAUGGAAGAUUCUGGAAAGCAGCUACUUCAGUCAGUUCUCCACCUGAUGGAAAACGGAGCCCUGGUAUUAACUACAAACUUUGACAAUCUCCUGGAGCUGUAUGCGGCAGAUCAGGGCAAACAGCUGGAAUCCCUUGACCUUACUGAUGAGAAGAAGGUCCUUGAGUGGGCUCAGGAGAAACGGAAGCUGAGCGUCUUACACAUCCAUGGGGUCUACACCAACCCGAGUGGCAUUGUCCUUCACCCAGCUGGUUAUCAGAAUGUGCUCAGGAAUACUGAAGUUAUGAGAGAGAUUCAAAAACUCUAUGAAAACAAGUCGUUCCUCUUUCUGGGCUGUGGCUGGACUGUGGAUGACACCACUUUCCAAGCCCUUUUCCUGGAGGCCGUCAAGCAUAAAUCUGACUUAGAACAUUUCAUGCUAGUUCGGAGAGGAGAUGUGGAUGAAUUCAAGAAGCUUCGAGAAAACAUGCUGGACAAAGGGAUUAAGGUCAUCUCCUAUGGAAAUGACUAUGCUGACCUUCCAGAAUAUUUCAAACGACUGACAUGUGAGAUCUCCACGAGGGGAAGGUCAGCAGGGAUUGUGAGAGAAGGCCAGCUGAAUGGCUCGUCUACAGCACACAGUGAAAUAAGAGACCAUAGUACCUGA